AUGAGAAUUAUACACAGCACCGUCCGUGACAAUUUCCCGCCCAUGGUUGAGAUAAUAUGCCGAAAACUUGGUUCCUUCGUGAACAGCGGAGUUGAGAGCACAUUGGACUUCCGGAAUGUUCUGGUCCCAUUUUCUAUGGUCAGAAGGCACGUAGGAAGCAAUAGCUCUAACUAUAUCUCUAUUGACGCGUUCAGCCUGAUUGGUCUGAGGAUGAUAGCGAGGAUUAUAGAAAAUAUGAGGAACCCCAUACUCAGCCAGGAGCUCUCGGAAUUCACGAGAAGUGAACUGAGCACCGUUGUCUGUAUA